AUGGAUCCCCGAUCGCACCCUUCGCGGCCCCCCUCGACCAGCAUGCCCCAGGGUUCCACGCCGCUCUCGUCGACGCCCAUGUCAAUGCCUCAAUACUCGAUGCAACAGUAUCCGGUCUCCCAGCCGCAUACACUGCCUCCCCUCCAGCCGCACCACACUCAGUCGCCUGCGCCGCACCCCUACAUGGGCCAGCCUUACCGGCCGGACCUGUCGCGGUAUCCCGCGUCGACUCACGACGUGUAUGGUGCCUCGACCGCCCCGAUCAUGCCGCACACGACUGUCGGUAGCCAGCCACCGUCAUUCCUUGCCCACCCUAAUCAUCAGACACAGGCCCACCCCUCCCAGUCCUACCCUCCGCCUCCGAGCGUGCUGCCUCCCGCGUCGUCCGCGCAGAGUUACCCCCAGCCCAUUGCUCCGGCGCCCCCGCGCGACCGGCGCGAUUUUAAUGGCAUGCCCUCCGGUGCUUUCAGCUACUCGGAUGGUAAGUCCUGGGGCAUGGGGCCUGACGUAAAUGGCGCCAAUGGCUCGCCAUAUGGACCCCCCAAGGAUCAGCCGCGCACGCAGGUCGUGGGCUCUCAGGGCCGCCGUGGUAUUCUGCCGAGUGUUCCAGGCCGCGCGACCCCAAUCUCCAACGGCGUCAAUGGCACCGCAAAGAGCACCACCAUCCCUGCCAAGGAUGCCGAUGGCAAGUUCCCUUGCCCGCACUGCAACAAGACCUACCUGCACGCGAAGCAUCUGAAGCGUCAUCUGCUGCGACACACCGGUGAUCGCCCUUACAUGUGCGUCCUCUGCAAGGACACCUUCUCCCGCAGUGAUAUCUUGAAGCGUCACUUCCAGAAGUGCUCGAUUCGUCGGGGCAACCCCACCGGCGCGACCCACCUGUCGCACCCUCAGGCCCAUCUCAAGCGUUCACAGCAACAAGCAGCCGCUGCGGCGGCGGCGGCUAACCCCGCCAAGCCUCUUCAGGAUGAAGUCAGUAACUCCGUCCCAUCUUCCAAUGGCGUUAUGGGUGCGCAUUACGGCGAUGGGGCCGUGAAUGGCAACGGAUUGGCCGCUGGCCGUUCUGGAUACACGGACCAGCAGUCUAUGGGGUACACCAUGUCGCCGGUCAACGGUAUGAACCGUGGUCCUGGUGACCACACGUUCGCCGAUCAGGCCGCGGCACGAGCCUCCUGGAUGGCUGCUCCCAAGCAGAACCCGUAUCUCAUGCAUCACCCUGGUGCCGAAGCCCAUGGCCAGCAACUGAGUGUUGAUCGUCCUCUUGAACAGGUAAAGCCCCUGGUCGUUCCUGACCACAAAUACCCGAUUAUGUCCGGUCACCAUACGAGUCAGCCCGGUGUUGACUGGACAACCUUCCAGCACGGUGCCGACAACAGUUACAUGAACCCUGUUUUCCCUCACUCUAUGGCUGCCGGCCAGGAGUCGAUCCACGCCCCCGUUGACGCCGAUCGCAAGUACUACCCCGCUACGACCGCGGGCGGCCCCGAGAGCGGUAUGAACGGACUGUAUCUGGCGUCGACCACGAUGGGCGGUGAUGGUACCGUUCAGCCCGCGAGACAGUAA